GUCACAAGGAACAAGGUGAAGUUUUCUAGCAUUCGACUUUUGAGAGUUUGAUGAUGGUUCAUGUUUGACGCAUUUAGUUCACAUUAACCUAUAAAUGAUGACACUGCCAUCUCAUGCUGGCAAUGUUAGAUGAUCAGAAACCCCACCCUCCUACAACACUCACCAGGAAGAGACUGCCGCAUUAUUUCUCUUUUCUGUCACACUGACUCGUGUUUGACCAAAAAAAAUAAUAAUACUGAACGAAAGAAAAGACAAAUCAGUGGGAAAUGAGGGGAAAUGCUUUAAAGGAUUUUGAGACGUUUGUUUCUGAACAAGGUGAUUCAUUUUUGAAACCAUCAUUCAGAAAGUGAAAGUAAAGUUCAGAUUCCUGGAGCUCAAACGUUGACAAUGGAUUCACCAGCUGAAUAUGAUUAUAUCUGUCCUGUGUGUCGUGAAAUCUUCAACGCUCCUGUUAUUUUACCAUGUAGUCACAGUGUCUGUAAAGAGUGUCUUCAACAGUUCUGGAACAUCAAGAAAGCUCAGGAGUGUCCCGUGUGUAGGAGAAGAUCAAAAUCUGAUCCAACAUGUAAUCUCGCAUUAAAGAACUUGUGUGAGUCGUUCCUGAAGGAGAAAAAUGAAAGCCAAUCAUCAGUGUCAGAGGAGCUCUGCAGUUUACACAGUGAGAAACUCAAACUCUUCUGUCUGGAGGACAACCAGCCUGCGUGUUUAGUGUGCUAUACUUCACAGACACACGUCAAUCACACAUUCAGACCCAUCGGUGAAGUGGUUUCAUCAUAUAAGGAGAAGCUCAAUACAGCACUGAAGCCCUUACAAGAGAAACUGAAACACAAAGAAAACAUUAAAGCAAAGUUUGAGAAAACCGUUCAACACAUCAAGUCUCAAGCGGAGCACACAGAGCGUCAGAUUAAACAGCAGUUUGAGAAGCUUCAUCGGUUUCUCAGAGAUGAAGAAGCAGUUAUAAUCACUGAACUGAGGGUGGAAGAGGAGCAGAAGAAGCAGAUGAUGAAGGAGAAGCUGGAGGAGAUGGACAGACACAUCUCAGCUCUUUCACACGCAAUCAACGACAUGGAGGAGAUGAUGAAAGCCAAUGACGUCUGCUUUCUGAAGAAGUUUCCAGUUUCAAUGGAAAGAGUCCAGAUCUCACAGCCGGAUCCACAGAUGGCUUCUGGAGUUUUGAUUCAUGUGCCACGAUACUUGGGCAACCUGCCGUUCAGAGUCUGGAAGAAGAUGCAGGACAUCAUCCAAAACACUCCUGUUAUUCUGGAUCCAAACUCGGCUCAGUCACAUCUAGUCCUGUCGGAUGAUCUGACCAGUGUGAGAUGGAGCUUGAACAGUCAACCACUUCCUGAUAAUCCAGAGAGGUUUGAUGAGUAUUCGUGUGUUCUGGGUUCAGAGGGCUUUAACUCAGGAACACACUGCUGGGAUGUGGAGGUCAAAGAGAGUUUGUACUGGAGUCUUGGAGUAACUACAGCAUCAAACCAGAGGAAGGGAGGUGUUUUCUUUAACUCUGGUGUCUGGUGGGUGCAGUACGGACUGGAUGAGCGGUUUGGUUUUCCUGUGAAAGAGAAGCUUGAGCGUGUGAGAGUUCACCUGGACUAUGACAGAGGAACGGUGUCAUUCUCUGAUCCUGUAACUAGCACAAAGCUACACACAUUCACAACCACCUUCACUGAAACUGUCUUUCCUUUCUUCUGGUGUCAUGAUUUGAAAAUUUUACCUGUUACAUUUCAUCUCAUAGAAGAGUUGCAUUUGAUAGAAGAGUUGCAUCAGUUGUGAAAUCCCUCCUGGAGGUCAUAGGCCCAAGCACCUCUGAGAAGUCUGGUCUUUCUUAGUCUCCUUUUGAUGUUCACCAGAAUGUUUGGUGACGUAUUCCUCAAACAUAAAAGAGACUCAUUGGGGGUAGAGCUGAUUCCAUUCCCACAGGAGAAACUCCAGAUACUAGUGAGGUCUGAUUCUUGAACAAAUCGUUCUUUGAGUUGAAUUGGUCGAGCUGGUUCACAAAAUCUAAAUGAACCAGACUUUAGUUUGAUAGCAACUACACCAGUUAUUGAACCAAAGAACCAGUUCAAAAUAAAUGAAUUUGGCAGAGUCAAAGUCAGUGAUUCAGUCAUAUCCGAAAAAAAACUCAGAUGAGGCGGUUCAAUUGUUUUCGGAUGAUUACAGAGGACUUGCUGUCUAUUGUGACUAGUGUUAGGGCCAAUCCCAAUUCUACCCCUUACCCCUUCACUUUCCCCUUCCCCUCCAUUUUGCGCGUCCACGUGAAGGG